UUCUACAAGUAUAAAGUUUCAACGAAAAGAAACUAAAAAUAGAAAACUGAAAAUCACGUCGUUAGAGUAUAAGUUAUCUAUUACUAUGAAAAAUGGAUACCAAAGAAAAAUGAGUCAGGUGUAAAAAAAUGUAAGUGCAGCAACUAUAAUCCAGUGUACCCAAAUACCAAACAUCUGUCUAACAGUGUGAUACGUUGGUUCGUCCUGUCUUCACAGUAUUUUAGUUAAGUGUAGGUAUAUAUGUAGGUAUGUAUAGUUAGCGAGCGGUUGGGAUUUAAGUAUAUUCAUAUUUCUCUGAAAGCAGCAGUUUUCUGGUUAUGUAAUUGGUCGGACCGUAAGUAAUAGUCUAAUCGUGGAUGGCAGACCUGACGGCUCCAGGUUAUGAAAGGCUGAUGAAUUGACCUCUCCAGCCGAAUCUUAACUGAUAGUAUAGUAUUUUUCGACGUUAUUGCAUUGUUAUCUAUUUAUUAAUUGAAUAAUAAAAAUAUCAAAUGUUUUUAUUUGUUUUAUUUAAGGUACUUUAUAAAUUUAAGGAUUCCUAGGCAGGCCGGUAAAAAUGAAACCAAUGACAUCAAGGUUAUACAUAUAGCUACAGUUGCAGGUUCGAUCUCUACAAUACAUUUUAAAAUACUUAUUUUUGUCGCAUACUGAAAUAGUGUUUCCGUCAUUUAGGAAACAGAUAACAACUUAAAGACUAGUAACAAAAGAAAAGUAAUUGUUAAAUAUAAUGAUCUGAAAAAUGAAUAAAUGACUAAAAACUAGAAUUUCUUGUAAAUUACAAUUUAUGGCUCAUGGACCCAUAGACAGGCCUAGACCCGCCUCGAAACGGUAUUUAAAACUUUUUGCCACCGACCAUAAAGUUCUGGUGACUAGUGUUAUUGCUACUCUAACCACAAUUAAUAAGGGACACCAAUUCGCGACGUCGCGAACUAUAUACGUGGCAACUAUUUCACACAGUCUGAGUCAUCGACACAAGCACUACAGAUUAUAGAGAUCCGAUGUCGUAACCAAGCCAGUUACAUUACAAAUUUCGAAUCUAUUGAUUGACAUAUUAUCCGUUGCCAUAGCAACUUAUGUAACAACACUGGCCUGUCGACUUGAGUUAUUUUCAACAAUAAAUAUCUUGCUCGCUUUUCGAGCGUACCUAUUUUGUAUAAAAAUGGUGCUUUGUAUGUGAAACGAAGAAUGUCAGUGCUGAGUUUGAUUCCCGAGGAUAAACGUAAAGACCAAAGAAAAGAAUCUCUAGAGAGCGUGUACAGCAGCAACUCCCGUUUGAACUUGUUAAACAAGCGAAAGCGUCUGAACCCCCUGACGAUGGACAUGUCGAACGCGUCGCUGAACAAGUCGGGCGACCGGUACGUUACGCAGAGGGUGCUGUCGGCGAAGACGCACAGAGUCAAGCAGCUGCAGAACCAGCUGUCUGAUGCCCAUUAUCAUUUACAGGAACUAAGUAACGAGAACAGAGUAUUACGUGCCAUACAGAAGAAACAGGAAAUCGCAUUGCAGAGAUACGAAAACUCAAACGCGGAGCUUCCUCAAGUGCUGAACUCUCAUAACGAGGAGAUGAGGAUCCAGCAGUCGAAGUACAAGCAGCUGAAGCAGCAGUACAAGGAGGCCAACCAAAGGCUGAAGGAGAAGGACAUGCAGCUGCAGCAGAUCAGGGACGAGCACCAACAUCUGUUGGAGCUCAGCAAGGAUAGAAAUUUGCUGGAACGUGAAAAGUUACAAUCGCAAGUGUCAGAACUGACUAUGAAGGUCCAGCAACAGAACGAAACGAUAACGAUGUUGCAACGCCGAAUCGCGUUGGAAGCGAAGAACUUCAGGCAUCAGCUGCAGAACGAGAUCAGCAAACACAAGGACACCAGGCACGACCUGGACAUGGCGAUUACGAAUGCUGAUAAACUCACCACUAUCAUUGAGAUGAAAGAGAAGAUGUUAAGCACAGCAGCGAGUAGAACCCUCAAGUCGCCAGUAAAGACGCCAUCAGGAACCAACAUAGCGAACGUGAAGCAGAAUCUAAAGGCGCGGUCUGAAGCUGACGCGUCCACCUUCCGAGGGAGGGAUGACAGGAUUAUGGUGGAGCAAAAUAUGAUAGCAAAGUUAUGCGAAAAUUCUCGUAACGUUAGCAGUGCUUUAUCUCACGAUGAAGACACCUCAUCAUCCACCGAGCCUCGCUCCCGGUACGGCAGGAGUCGGACCAACUCCACCAGUACGCGGUCUACCUCAAACCCUGGAACCAGAAAGAAUUCCAAAAAUUCUGAUGACAUAAUGGAUCUGGCUAAAACAGUCCAAGAUGGAAUGGCAGACUUAACAAUAUUCGAUGAGGAUUUAGAUCUAAAAAGCUCACCAGACGAACUUCAAAGAAAAAUGGAAGCCAUGAAAUCUGAAUUAAUGAAUAAAAUAAAAAGUACCGAGGAACCAGCUUCAAGAAAACCCAGUGCGUUAAGAAGAAAAUCUACAGAAGAGUCCAUAGAAGAACUAAUUGAAAGUGAUGAACAAGAAAGACCAAAAUCAAGAGGCAAGAGAAACUCGAAUGUAUCUUUUUAUGAAAAUGCAGCUAUUGAAGAAACUGUUACUACUGUAGCAAUACAUGACGGAGAAAUGAAACGUGAAGGCAGCGCUCUCGAACGGAGAAUAUCAGGGAAACCUAUAGAUAGGUACUGCAAGGAUAUUAUUCAGGACAUAGAGAAAAGCAGCAAAGUUAUCGACAAGCACAUGAAAUGUUUCAACCAAUCGAGAUUCGAAAGUGACAAACUAGUUCAACAGCUGGAAGCCGUGGACAAAAUAAAUGAAUUCGUCAAUGCUAAUGGUGAGAUACCAGAAUCAGCGUUAAAUGAACUGAACAACAACUUUAGGAUGUUGACUGACCAAGUGUUUUCUGACGUGACCCCGGUAGGCAGGAAGCGGUCUAUAUCGGGCAGGAGAAGCUCCCGGGAUUCCCGGAAUAACUUGCUCGGCGAUGCGAACAUGACCAACCAGGACUUGCUGGACGACUUGUUGGGGAAAAAAUGAUAUACGGCCUCAGAAUUCGAAACUGUAUAGUCUCACAACUGAAACCAGAGUCUUAUCCAUUCGAACGGUGUCGAACCUUCUAAAUGUUUUAUAGAACAAACUUGCAGAGAGUUUCGCUUUGGCUAAUUGGGUAGCUCGCUCAGAGUUCGAAGUUCGUUAAGACUACACAAACAAUUUAUAUAAUUAACUAGAAUUUUAUUUUUUAUUCUAGUUUUAACAAACUCACGCUUUUUCGUUGUAGUAUAGAGCAAUUCUAAUUGGAUUAUGCAAUGCUCCUCUGCGAUUAUGAACUUAAGGUUCAAAUUCGUGCUAUAACUAUGUUCAAUUUACACUUGCGCAUUAUCUAAAACAAGAUUCUUAUUGAAACCAUCCAAAAAAACAAAACUUAAUUCCUUUAACCAGUUUUUUAGGAUACUCGAACAUAAUGGUAGCGAUCCUUCGUUAGAUCAUAACAAUAUUUAAUAUUACUAAGAUUGGUUGUGAGAUGCCAGAUGGGAUGUAUAUAAUUUAUAUUGCAAGAUUGCAAGGGCAUAGAAUGGAUUUGGAAAGGUAUUUAAAGAGGCAUCCUUAUCCAAAGCAUGGGGCCUAUAGUCGAUAGCGUUGGGUAAAGGUAGAUAGGGACUAGUACUAGAGAAUGCUAAAUAUAGUUCAAAACACUGAUAGGUAAAUUAUAACUAAAUAAUAGAGCGUGACCCUUAUUUAUAAAUUUAUUUAAAAAGUUAAUUUUCUUCCUUCAGCGGGAAAUAAGCAGAAUGUUAUUUCCAAAGUGACUUAAAUAUAUUUAUAAAAAAGGAGCACCUUAUAUAGAACUCGAGAAAACUUGGUCUGAAAAGGCUUUUCUCAACAAAACAUUAAAUCUAUUUAUUUAUAGUAUAAAAGUGUUGUGUGAAAGUUUUUGCGUGAAAUGUU